AUGUCGUUCUUUUUUGGAUUUGUCAUAUUCUGCCUCUUCUACUUUCUUGUUUAUCCCAACAUCCACACUCAGCUAGUAGACGAAGACUGCGAACGUGCUGCUGCCGAAUGGUUUGCUGAUAUUCAGUGA